CACGUCGGUCAGUGAAUUCAUUUUAAGUUUGAAUUAAAAGUGUCAGUUGAAGCAAAGACGAAAGGAAUUCUAUGCAAUUGUAAGAACAAUUGAUUUGAUAAAGAUACUUGUAACAUACUUAAAGUACGAGUCAUUAUGACUAAUUUAGAAGUAUUUAAUUCUCCUCCCAAUGUUCCAUCAGAGUACAAAGAAAUUAUUCAUGAUACCUUAUGUAAAAUGGAAGAGCAUGUUGAAGCUAGAGGCUCAAGGUACCAAUGGAGUUUAAGUGAUUUUGAAAUUGGUGCACCUUUGGGUCGUGGUAAGUUUGGACGUGUUUACCUGGCUAGAGAAAAGACCACUCAGUAUAUGGUGGCUUUAAAAACUUUGUACAAAAUAGAGUUAAUGAAGGGACGUGUUGAAAAACAAGUAAUGCGUGAAAUUGAAAUUCAAACACAUCUGAGGCAUCCUCAUAUUCUUCAAAUGUUAACAUAUUUUCAUGAUCACAAACGUAUUUAUCUUGUACUAGAAUUUGCUGCUAGGGGAGAACUAUAUAAGGAAUUAAAACGUCAACCGUACGAAAGAUUUAAUGAACACUUGUCUGCAAAGUAUACAUAUCAGGUUGCAGAUGCAUUAGAAUAUUGUCACAGAAAUAAUGUAAUUCAUAGGGAUAUAAAACCAGAAAACUUAUUACUUACAUAUGAAGGUGAUGUAAAAUUAGCAGACUUUGGUUGGUCUGUUCAUGCACCAUCAUCUAAGAGAAAUACAUUAUGUGGAACAUUAGAUUAUUUGCCACCAGAAAUGGUAACAGGUCAAAAAUAUGACAUAUAUGUUGACCAUUGGUGUUUAGGUAUUCUCUGUUAUGAAUUUCUUGUUGGUAGGCCACCUUUUCUUAGUGAUUCUCAACAAGAAACUUAUGUUAAGAUAAAAACAUUAAAUAUACAGUGGCCAGAACAAAUUACACCUGGAGCUAAAGAUCUUAUAUCAAAGUUAAUUAAAAGAAAAAGUUCAGAAAGAAUUUCUAUGGCUGCUGUAAAGAAGCAUUUUUGGAUUGUAAAAAAUAAGGAUGCACGUUAACAUAAACAAUUUGUAAAAUAAAUUAGAAUAUAUUUUUUACUGGGACAAUAAAGAACAUUAGGACAUUAAAGAAAUAAUU